AACCAAUACAAGAACAUCGAGGUUUCGAAAGGAAUAAAAUAAGCGAAACGAAGAAAGAAUUGGUGAGCCAAAAUGAUAUUUCAAUAGACAUAAAAAUAAACUUGAAUGAGACUAGAGGUCGAAAUGAAAAAAAAGUUAUACAAACAAAAAGAAGAGAUAGUUCAGUGGAACAAACUUUGAAAAAUCAUCCAUUAAAUAUUUAUCAAAGAAGAAAACGAAUUCAUUCAGAGGAACAAAGUAGGCGCAAAAGUCAGGUUGAUAUGAAAUAUGAUAAAGAAGAGGAAAAGAAACAGAAAGAAGCAGGAAAACUUUGGAAAUCAAGAGGCUAUGGCAGAAGGGUCAAUAAUAACAAAAUGAAUUAUGAAAAAGAGCCAAUCCCAUCAAAUGAACAGAAAGCUGUCAUUACAAUGAAAAACAAGGAUUACAAAAAGAAAACUAUCAAUGAAAUUGAAAGUGGUACAAAGGGUGGGGAUCAACAGCUAAUUUUGAAACUGAAGUCUAUUCUAGAAAAAAAGAGGCAAACAAAAAUGGAAAGGAAUAAGCAGGAGAACUCGAAGAAAAAAGAACAAGAAACAUUCGAACCAAAAGCAAAUUCAAUCACUAACCUAUCUGAGAGUCCUGACAAACCAGAAAAAAAUAAAAGAACUACCAAAAGCUCACGUCAUAAACAACUCAAUUCCAAAUCGAAUGUUACUGAUAAGAAAAUUAAUAAAUUAGAUCUUAAGAGAACAGAUUCGGAACAGAAAAAAGGAAUAAAAGUCAAACAUAAAACUAUUAAAAAAUAUAUCACACCAUCGCGUGAAUCAAGUCUUGUUAAAUCAAACACUAAGAAAGACUCAAUAAAACUUCCAACUUUUACUAAUAAAUAUGAAGGUCAGCUCAGUGAAUUCAAUAACAAAAAUAGCCAAAACAUACCGAAGGAAUAUUCCAAGCACAAGCAAUUUUCUGUUAUCAAAUUAACUGAACCAACAAAGGACCAAAUUUUGUACGAUACAAAAUUCACUGAUACUACCAUGGAUGAAUCUGCUUCGCUGAGGAAGAAAACCAAGAUACGAAGAGAUAAAUAUAUAAGUCCUUAUAGUGCUAAGGGUACCUCUUCCUUCAUUCCAAAUGUUGGAACGAACGAAAUUGAAACAAAAACGAAAAAUGUUGUUAAGGAUAUUUCUUGUGAAACGGUGGAUUCAUUAUUUGGCCUUGGAUAUCUUCUUGAAGGUCGAAUUACCGAAUGUAAUGAUAAAAAAUUGGCGACACUCAAAGAACAACAAACCAAGGAUACUCCCCCAAUUUAUGGAAAAACUAUGUCGAAAACCGAAAUUGUAGUGAAACCAAAAAUUGAACUCCUGACUAAAGAAAGCUGCAAAUGCGCUCCUAUUAUGAAGGAUCAAGUGAUAUCCCAAGAAAAAAUUAUGAAGGGAAAAUGCCCUCCAGAAAAACCACUGAAUAAUACGGAAAAAAGUAAAAUCUAUGUGAAACAAUCGAAUAUUAAACAUGAAGAAAGUGGGAAAAGUAAUUCACGUCAUUCAUCCAUUCUUGUGAGGGGAGUAGAUUUAUCAAUCAGCAGACAUCAUAGAAAAAGAAGGUACAGUAUUUCAUUGAACGAUCAAUUAAAAAAUAGCAUAAUGGAUACACAAAACUUUAAACGGAAACAGCCAAAAGGAAAAGACUACAUAGAGUGUAAUAAGAAGAAAUUGAAUAUGGAUACCGAUAGUUUUAGCAUCCCUAAAGAGAAAAUUAUCAUAAAUGAAAUCAGCAAAAGACCAACAAAGCCACAAAUCCAACAGAAAAAUUUAGAAACGGCCACAAAAAAUAUCGAUGAUUCAAUGAAAGAUCAAAAAUUAAAAGAGAACAAAUUCGAACACACGAAUAAAGCACAUUCAUAUCCUGAUAUUAGACUCAAAGCACAAAGAAUUGUCGAUUCCUUACUGGAAGAGAGCAUUAAAGCAAUUGAGCAACGUCGAAGAAAGUUAGAUUCCAAUAAAAAUAUCAGAAUUGAAAAAAACGAUGAAAUUAAACAGCAUAAGGAGCUAAAGCCAGAACAGCAUGACGAAAAUGAUAAGAAUAAAAUAAAUUAUGCCCAGAAAGAGAAAAUUGACCUUAACGAGUCAAAAACACAGAAUAUGAAAGAAUAUUCAAAACUCAAAGAAUAUAAAUCGAGUAAACACUUCAAGGGGGAAAUAACUGAGUCAAAAAAGCAGGAAACAGAUCAGAACUCAGAACUAAAAGAACCAAAGUUGAUGAAAAACACUAAUAAUAAAAAGUCUUCUGAUCUUCUUGUGCCCAAAAGCCUGGAUGCGAAUACAGACUCAAAACUGAAUGAAUCAAAGUUGAUAAAUGGUAGCGAUAAGAAAAUGUCUUCAGUUCAUAUCUUCAAACCAGCUUCCUCUGUAAGGAAUCGGUCAAACUUAGAAGAAUCUACCGGAGCAACAAAAGACUCUAAAGCAAAAAUUAUAAUCAGCUCUAGAAGAACUGAUCCACAGAAAUCUCACCAAAAGAGAGAGAUCGAGCAAUAUGCUCUGAAAUUUGUUGAUGAUAUAUUGAAAGAGGGCCUCAAAAAAGCUCGAGAAAGAAGUAAUACAAGGGUCAAGACUAAAACUGGAAAAAUUUCGAAAUCAGAUUCAAAUGAAGGCAAGCUUCAUGAAUAUAGACGUAAGAAAACGAAGCCUGAGAAAUCUUGUGAUAGAAAACUGAGUUGGGCAGAAGAUGAAAUAGACGUAGCGAAGUUAGCCAAAUAUGCAGAUAUUUUAGAAGAUAUUUCCCUAGAUAGAGCUAAAGAAAUGGAGGACAUUUUGAGCAAACCAUCACCAUCCAUGAAUAGAAAACGCAUUAACUGCUCGAAGAGAAAGGGUUCAAAUGAAUCGACCAAGUACAAAGUGAUAGACAUCGAUGAGGCUUGGUCAUCAUCUUCUUUGAAAACUCCAGUUUUCGGGAUCAAAUGUUGUAAAAAAACAACUGAUGGUUCUUCUGCCUCGAUAUCUCAUGGACCUCUGAAUGUUUUCAAACGUCGAAGAAACUUUGGAGAAAGAAGACUCUUUGUACCAAGUUCCAAACAAGAUAUUAGUGGUAGAAAAGUCGACAGAACUUCCAUUCGCGUUUCUGUAGUACCGGAGGAACAUCCACGAGGAAGUGAUUACUGCGGAAAUAUUGAAUUGAAAAGAGUGAGGGGUAUUCAGAGCAUACGUCCUUGUCUCAAACAUAUUUCCCAAUCCAUAAUUCGCGAUGAUUCUGGAAAUAUUUGCGUUUCAGUGAACGCAUCCAAGGAGACGCAAAGAGUUCAGUCUAAUACAAAGACAUUCACCAGAAGAAGACAAUAUCUCGAACUUGGUGAAUGUAUCAAGGUACCUAGUACUUCAAGUGGAUCCUUCAGAAGUCGAAAAAAGAUAUCUGACAAUGCCUCCUACGAUGAAUCAUUAUCUAAUGUUCUUGGACCCAUUGUCACUUCAACAGAAUCAGAUGUGAGUUAUAAAUUUUUUUCAGCAUGCGACAUACCCCAGGAUCCAUCUCUUUGUGGUUGUGCUGUUUCUGAAAAUAUCAUAGAAGAAAACGAAGCAUCGUGGUCCAAAAUUUGCUGUUCGAAAGCAACUAAAAAUUUGUCUGGCACAACUGAAAAGGACAAUCGGAUAAACAACAGCUCUUCCUCUAAAAACUUCAAGAAGAAAUUAACUAGGAGUAUCAGCGAGAAAAUAAACCUUCGUAGAAUUUUGGAAGGAGAAACCUCUUCAGGUUCAGAAGACAAUAUAGUAAGAUACACCAUCAAAAACUCUAAUGGAAAGGACAGAAUAGAAGGUAGACGAACAUCUGAAAGAAGUGUGAGAUUCGAACAAUGUAUAGGUUUAAGAAAAAAGGAAACAAACUCUUUGAAUUUACGUAAAGAAUGUGGAAUAAAUAAGAGAAGUAUCAAUAAUAUUUGUUCUGGAAGUGAUACCCUUGACAAAAAAAGAAUGACUGUUUCACUACCAAAAUUUCCUUCUUCUAUGUGUAGGGAAACGAAAAUUGAUGAAACAAAUGGGAUUGAACGGUUUUUCAAUGGGUGUCCCAAGUAUUUUUCAACUUAUUAUUCGGAAAAUCUCUUAGAUAAAAGUUUUCCUGUGGAAAAUCGACAAAUAUCCUCAUUUUCUCUCAUGAUUGGAAAUUUCAAUACAGAAAUCAUUGAGGUAGUAAAGGAUGAAGGAAAACAUAGGCCAGAAAUAUCUCAAACCUUUCUGAAACAAAAUGAUUCACUGCAGUCGAUAAGUAGAUGUCUCCAAGGACCCAGAAAUGAUUUUGGUAAGAUUAUUUCAUAUAUAUCCUUCGGAAAAACAGAAACCAUUAAAGAUUUUCUAUUUAAUAGUAGCAUCUCAUUGGAGUUAUCGAAAAGCUUCACCCUUGAUAAAAACUGUUUCAGUGCACUGUUAGACAUACUUACGACCUCAGAACAACAAAUUCUGAACGUACAGGACAGUAAAGAUUUCAAUAAACAAUUCCUACAAGGAUAUACAUUCAAUAAUAGAAAAAUUUCGUACCUCCAGAAGAACCCCAUAUUUUCGAAAGCCGAAAAAGAACAAGAAAAUUCCCUACUCCCAUCGUUAAGUAGAUCAUCAGAUUUCAAGCAAAUUCCAAAGAGGGAGUGUUCCAAACCUAUCAAAAUGAGGAGGAAAACCAGAAGAAAAUUAUUUGAUCGCUAUGAAAAACAGCGUUCCUUACUCUUGAGAAAAGAACGCAAAACCAAAAAUGAAGUCUAUUUGCCAGUGAUUAAUAUCAAGGGAAAAAGUGACCAAUCUUCGGAGAGUGAAAGGGAUGUUUCCCUUCAUAAAUCCUCAACGUUUUAUUCCAAAACGGCUCUUGGGUCCUCCUCUGAUAUCGAAAAAGUUAAACCAGGCGAUAUCAGAAGACUUACUUCAGCGAAAAUCAAGUCAGAUCUUCAAGAUUCAUCAAUGUUUCACGCCAAAACUUUCAUAGUCCCAGACAGGAGCUUGAAACAUCCCCCAAAUAUAGUUCAACGAAACUAUAACAAGAAUACGAGACUUCUUGAUGACACAAGUCGCGUUAGAGAUGUCCCUAACCCUUACAAAAAUGAUCAAUUCAUCUACCACGCGAGUGUGGAAGUGCAACCAAAAGAAAAAAAAGGGAGCCUUCCAAGUAAGGAACCCAAACGCAAACUGACCUGCAAAGAGGCGACGAAAAAGAUGUUCGGGUGGUUCAAAACGCUGGGUGUCUCUCAAAAAACCCAGGAAGUUGCGAAAAAAAAACCGGUAGAUCCCUUGAUAAAAACGGAGGGUAACCUGCUGAAGCAACGGAAAGUUUUGAGGUCGAAAUUGAGGUAUCCAAAGGCGAACGCCUCGACCCUCUACCUCCACAAGAGAGAAUACAAUCAGAAAGAACAGGACCCGGGUAGAAUCUCUCUUUUCGGGAGGAUAGAUCCAGUCUUGAGGGAGAUAGCUUCCAGCGAAAUCAUAGAACCCCAACUGGAGGAAGAAGAAUUGGAAACGUCAUCAUCCGAAGACGAUUUUCUGGCUGGGGAGAGAAAACGGGAUAGACAGAAAGACGGUAGAUUGAUAGUAUUCUCCGAAGAUUCCAUGGUGCUUUUCGAGAGGAAGAAAGUUUACGAUAGGCUGCAGCGGUACGGGAAAUUAUUCUACACGAUAUACCUGAACGAGGAAGAAGACGACAUGGACCAUGUUUCCAUAAGAUCCGCGGAAUCGAUGGAGCACAGAAUAGAAUGCGAGGACAAGCCUUUCUUUGCCACCUACGAUCUUGGAGCUAACGACGUCAGAGUCCACGUGACCAAGGACACUUUCGAGGGUAAAAAGAGGGAAAACAUUUACAAGGAUGAGAAUUUCGUGGAAUGCCAAAACUCCCAAGUCAAACUGAGCCUCAUGAGAGGAAAACGAUACAUCGAUAAAUUGGAUCCGACCAAAGCGAAGAUAAUAGAGAUUGACUGCACCAAUCAGUUCAGCGAGAUCAAAAUUUGCUAUAGGAAGACGGAGAAAAGCGAAGAGUGUGUUUGUGAGCAACCCGACACAUGCAAGGCUGUACAGUUGGAAUCUAGCGAGCUUUCAUCGGUUGAUGUGGACAGAGAAGACAAGUCGCAGGAAACUCAUGAAAUGUGCGUAAACUGUGAAGAAUGUCAAGAUAAACCUGAAACGUGUGAGAACUAUGAUGAAUGCACGAAAGGUAACAUUUGCUCCAUGAAGAGGAAAGCAACGUUGGGAAGCGUUGAAGACGUGAAUACCGUAGAGUUUUUCAGGAUUCCACAAGGGUUCGGAUUUCCUAGAAAUGUUUCCGAUGAAGACAGUGACGGAUACGAAACAGACACAGAUUCGAACGAAAAUGAUUCGACGAAAGGUACUCCUAGACGUGCUGCAUUCAGACGAUCAAGACAAAAAUAUAGAUAUUAUAGAAGGAGGCAGUGUAGUAAGGUACACAAGAAGAAACGUUGACCCUGUUUCUUACGCUGUUGUUUCUAUAAGUGUUAAAGUGGAGAUCAUCAAGAAAUAUUUGAACAGAAAUGCUUAUUAUUGUUUUAUGACCUGCCAAGUUUUGUGUGCUCUUUUGUUUUCCUAUGCCGUAUCAUCGUAAAGCAGGAAAUAAAGUUUUGGCCUUGA